AUGUACCGUCGAGUGGAGCGGGCAACGCUCUCGAUAAUAGCGAUGAUGCUACUGCGACGGUUAGAGCUGAUGGAUGAUAGCGAUUCAUCGUCUAUUUCGUCAAGUUUGAAGGGCGAUGCCUAUGACCCUCACGAUCGUCUUCUGGGGCAAAGCGGCACCAGUGGACACUUGCCAGCUUCCGAUUCUCCCAGUGGACGGCCACCUUUUGUUGGAGAGCAUGAUACAAGCGCAGCGAAUGUUGUGGAAUCAAAUGGGUAUGAACCAGACGAGGAAAAGCCAGUAUCAUGGGCUUCUUUACCAAAGAAAACCCAAUUGAUCAUCCUGAACAUUGCUCGAUUGUCCGAGCCUUUGACUCAAACUUCCCUCCAAGCGUAUAUAUUUUACCAACUCAAAUCCUUUGACCCGUCCCUGCCGGACUCGGCGAUAUCUGCUCGGGCUGGUUUUCUACAGGGCUGUUCUACUGCAGCACAGUUCGCGACGGCCAUGAUAUGGGGCCGGCUUGCGGACACUCAUUUUAUGGGAAGAAAAAGGGUGCUCGUGGCAGGCCUCUUUGGAACUUCCAUUGCAUGUGUGGGAUUUAGAUUUUCUCAGUCCUUUAUUGCUGCUACAAUAUUUCGCACCAUUGGAGGUGCUCUGAACAGCAAUAUCGGUGUCAUGCGAACCAUAAUUUCGGAACUUAUCGUAGAAAAAAAGUAUCAAUCUCGGGCCUUCUUACUCCAGCCAAUGUGCUUUAAUAUCGGCGUCAUAAUAGGGCCUAUUUUGGGUGGACUUCUCGCUGACCCUCUGACUAGCUAUCCGGGUCUGUUCGGCCCACAUUCAUUUUUUGGCGGCCAAAACGGCGUCUGGUGGAUGAAGAAAUGGCCAUACGCCCUACCAAAUGUCAUAAGCGCGGUUAUUGUCCUGAUAUCCGCGCUAGCGGUUUUAUUUGGGUUAGACGAGACCCAUGAAACAGCCAAGUAUCGAAGCGACUGGGGUCGGAAGAUCGGUAAAAUGAUAUGUCGCAACUUUAAGCCUGACCACACUCUACACAACUACCACUCAAUCGAUGAAACCUACGAUAUCCCGACAGCAGGAGAAUCCAUCGAUCUGGAGAGGAGCGCCCAAGGAUCGGUGCCAGCAGGACGACGUGGGCCAAUGCGGAUACCUCGGCGGAAACGCAUGUCCUUCUCUCAAAUCUGGACGAAGAAUGUCUUACUCACCCUUCUCACCCAGUUCGUCCUCGCCGUACACCUCAGCGCCUUUAAUGCGCUAAUCUUCGUCUUCUUACCCACCCCUCGCGCACCAGAAGGAAGCCAUCGUGGAUUUUUCCAUUUUGGCGGUGGUCUUGGCAUGCCAAGCUCCAAAGUCGGUUUCGCAACCGCCAUCAUCGGCCUUUUUGGCCUCCCGUUACAGAUAUUCGUCUAUUCGCGGGUCCACUUCCACCUAGUCACCCUGAAAUCGCUGCGUGCAUUCAUACCAUUUCCCGCUCUUGCCAACUUCUUGGUUCGGUUCCUGGCUCUCGUACCGAACCGGCCGUAUCUCGUCUGGCCAGCUUUGGCAGCGGUUUUCUCUGUUCAGGUCAUUUCGAGAACAUUCUCGCUUCCUGCGGCUAUUAUUCUGGUUAAUAAUUCGCUUACGGAUCCGAGCGUGCUGGGGACUGUGCAUGGAGUUGCGCAGAGCGUGACCUCCGCCGCGAGGACGCUGGGCCCGGUGGUUGGCGGUUGGGGUUUGGGGCUGGCGCUCAAGUAUAAUAUCGUUGGAGCGGUUUGGUGGGCUCUUGCGGUGUUAGUUUUACUAGGAUGGGGCGUUUCUUGGACCAUAUUCGAGGACAGUGGGCUUGAAAACAAAAAGCUUGAACAAAGUCAUGAAAGUGAGGGAUCCGAGCAUCGAACGAGCAGAUGA